AUGCCAAAGAGCUUACGUUCUAUCCUGGGAACAUCCAGCAGGGUGACAAAGCCAUCUCGGCCCGCGCAGCCCCGGCAAGGCACAUCGACGACAUCCCCGUCAUCCCCCUCGCCACGCAAAGGCACCAGCAACGCCCGGGGGCAGCAGCGGCGGCGGCGGCAACACAAUGACGACGACGACGAUGAGGACGCGCUCUUCCAGGACAAGCUCACCGACGUGGGCGCCGUCGUGAAGCUGCUCGAGGAGGAGCUCACGCUGCGGGACGUGGUGCAGGCGAUGCGGUACAUCCGCGCGCACAUGUUCACGCCCGUGCCGCCCACGGGCUUCAAGUCGACGCGCGCCGCCGAGCUGCUCAACUACCGGGCCGCCGUGCCGCCGCUCGUCACCCUCGGGCACGUCAACGCCGUGCUGGUGCGCGCGUCGCCCACGCGCACCGAGCGCGAGGUCGUCGAGCUCGUGGGCCGCGGGGUGCUGCGAAGGGUGCGCGUGGAGCGUCGCGGCGGUGCGGGCGAGGCGCUCGUCGAGGCGGCGGACCUCGAGGCCAUGCUGCGUGGUCGCGGCGCGGGUGGCGGUAUGGUGUUGAAGGAGACGGCGGACGCGUUUCUUGCGUUCCUGGCGCGGAACCCGACGGCGCAGACGCUCGCCGCGGAGGACCUGGACGGCGACGACGAUAGUGAGAAUGGUAGCCUCGGCAGGGCGAGGACGGAUGAGCUCGUCCGGGCCGGGUUCCUCACGAGCGCGACGCACGCCACGCCGGGGGACACGCUGCACGUGCGGCCCGAGGACCGCACGACACUCACGUCCAUCGAGCACGUCUCGCGCUUCGCCUCGGGCACCGUCUCCGCAGUCGGCGGACAGAACGCGAUCCACCUAGCCGGCGGCAGCGGCAGCAGCGGAGGAAGAAGCAGCAGCAGCGGCCGACGCAUCCCGACACUCCCAUCGUCCUCGUCCUCGCUCGGGGCCACAGAGCCGGGGAGCUUCCGGGUGGCGGUCCCCGGCCACGGGCGGUACCUCAAGCUGGCCGAGGGAAGCGUGGACUGGAUCCGCGAGGCGCUGGGGCGGACGCGCUGGGGCGAGGCGCCCGAGUCGUGGCUGCGGGUGCGCUUCGAGGGCGGGGGGCUGUACGGCACGCGCUGGAAGGAGUUUUGGGGCGUCGAGUGGGAGUGGGUGCUUGGGCAGGCGGUCGGGCUUGGGGCCGUUGAGGUGUUUGAGACGGGCAGCGUGGGGAGGGGCGUGAGGGCGCUGGGCGGGUGA